GAGUAACCUACUUAUAACAAAUAUUACGUAAAUAAAAUCCAACCGAACUCGCAAAACAUAAGAAAACAAAACAAACAAAGAACAAGGAAUCGGUAAUAGAUACUGAUAUGGCAAGAGACAGCUGCUUGGCUCGCGUCACCGCCGGCGUUGCAAUCGGAGGAGCUGUUGGCGGCGCAGUUGGCGCAGUUUACGGGACUUAUGAGGCUAUUAGAUACAAGGUCCCAGGACUUCUCAAGAUUAGAUAUAUCGGCCAAACAACACUCGGUAGUGCUGCGAUUUUCGGUCUUUUUUUGGGUGCUGGAAGCUUGAUACAUUGUGGGAAGUCAUACUAACUAUUCUCUGGCUGUCUUUAAUCCUUAAGAUUGUAUUCUCAGGAUGAUGCACUGCUAGCUUAGAUAGAAGGUCUAUAAUGCUUGUAAGCCUUGGUUUUGUUUUUGGGUUUCUGUUUCACUCAAUUAUUGAAUCCAAUGUUCAAGUUUACAUU